CACACACACACACACACACACACACUGCUUAAAGCUGUACAGCGCCUGCGCUGAGAGCACGCAAGUGAGAGAAAGCGAGAGAGCAGAGAGAGGGAGGAGGGAAGGAGACGGAGAGAGCGAGGAGAACAGAACAGAACGAUAAGAAACACACAGAGCACACGGAGAGCAAAAGAGCGAGAGAUGAAAUUCCUGGGCGCCGUCUGCAUCCUUCUCUUCCUGCCUGAUUUCAGCCUCAACAGCAGCUAUGAAGUGCUGGAGAAGAAGCUGAAAGAGGCGUUCACAGAACGAACAGGGAUUUUACGCCAACUCUCCAAAACAUCCAAGGAGCUGGACAGUAUAAAGGGCAACCUGCAGUCGAUGAAGAAUGAUGACUCACUGCCCAAAAAGGAUGUUCAGAGGAUUCUGGAUCUGAGUCACAAACAAAGAGAGGAGAUGAGAUCACUCCAGGCAGCCCUUCAGAAGCAACUGGACGAGGCAGCGGAGCGAGCCGAGAAACAUCAAGCCACGAUCAAGUUCCUCAAGAUGGAGAUGGAGAAAAAGACCAAAAUCAUCAAAGACCUUCAGCAGGAGAACAAAAGCUUGAAGAAUAAACUACUUUCUGGGAAUAAGCUGUGUGACAUACAUGCAGAAGAGUCUAAAAGAAUCCAGGCUCAACUGAAGGAGCUGAGAUACGGCAAGAAGGAUUUAAUUUUCAAGGGUCAACAGCUCAUGGACCUGGAGAACAAGCUGCGAGUGGCCAAAGAGGAACUGGAGAAAGCAGCACUGGACAAGGAGUCCCAGCUGAGGGCUUUGAAGGACACGGUCCAUAUCUGCUUCUCAUCUGUCCUCCAAACCCAGACGGUGGAUUUACACAGACUGCCGGCCACGCCCACUCACUUGAUGCGAUACUCUCCGUUCGUCAAUAACUCGAGAGUCACCUUCAGGGAGCCGCACAUGAAGGACAUCCCAAAAAUGCCCAGAAUCACAAGUAAAUCUGCAGCAAACAUGGAGGUAACGAGGAGAGACGACUCAGGAGGUUCAGGAGUUUCAGGAGGUUCAGGAGGAUCUGGAGGUUCAGGAGGAUCUGGAACUUCAGGAGGAUCUGGAACUUCAGGUGGUUCAGGAGGAUCUGGAACUUCAGGAGGAUCUGGAACUUCAGGAGCUUCAGGAGGAUCAGGAGCUUCAGGAAUCAAGGCCUGCCAGAUGGUGAAGGUGGGUGCUGGAUGUUUUCAGACUCAGACUGAGAGAACAUCUGUGGAGAAAUCAGACCAACCUGCACAGCACCAGCCAAGGACUGUGAAACACACCGAGGUGCAGAUGUCCAUGAACAGCAGGAAGAUGGACGGAGGAACGAAGACACAGCUGGACAAACACGACUGAGACACGACUAAACAACACAGCUGGACAAACACGACUAAAAGACUUGGCUGAUUUUUUUCCGUGUGGUAUUGGUUUAAUCAGUUUAACUCCCCUGACCUGUCACUCACAGAGAAUAGAAAGCACACACACACACACACACACACACACACACACACACAUACAGUGUAAUCAUCACUGCUAUUGUAGAGAAGGAACCCAAAUGUCCGAGUCUGACCUGAGAUCCAGCAGCUUAGUACAACGGCAUGCACUAUAGACUUCUAGGUUUCACGUUUAUAACAAUACUGGUCUUUUCUUUUUUCUUUUUUUUUUUUUUUUUUUUAUAAUAACACAUCUGUUUUUUUCUCCUUUUGAGUUUUUGGAUAUUUCUCCAGAGAUUGUGGACAUCUUUCGAUUUGUGGUAUUUGUAAUUGAGAACUUUAUGGACUUGCACCACAGGCCAGAGACGCAUUUACUCGAUAGACGAGCUUCUGAUUCGCUUGGCUCUCAGACACGGUUACGGAUCUGACAUCACACUGGUUCGGAUUUAAAUUCCCCAGUGCUAAAAUUCCUCUUAAAUUCAACAAGGACAGAUGAUGAUGAUGAUGAUGAUGAUGAUGAUGAUGAUGAUGAUGAUGACGACGAUGUAAAAUUCGUUCUUUUUGUGGUGUUGGUCAUCUUAAUUUAAAACUCUUCCCUUUUCUGCAUACUUAGUUUAAAUGGAGUAAAUCGAGUUGGCUGGCCAACUUUGAUCACCGAACAACCAGAAAGCUUUUGGUGCAAGAAUUUAAUGAGAAAAAGGAAAAAAAAAAAAAAACAGACUCACAGUGAGUCGUCUCCCUGAGAAUGAUGUGCCAUGCACUGAGGACUUAAUCUACUGCUACAUGUCUCAGUUUCUCUACCUUCCUGUGUCCUUUCAAUAAAA